AUGAGAGUCCAAGCCACCGCGGAAACCAACUCGCACGAUGCGAGGAAUUGGGUUCCUCUGCUGGAUGAGCCUGCAUACAAGCCCAGAAACAUACGCAUUGUUUGUGUUGGGGCUGGCUUUUCAGGCCUCAUGCUAGCUUAUGAAGCCAAGUACAACGAAUCACUUCAAGGAUUCAUUGAUCUGACUAUCUAUGACAAGAACCACGAUGUUGGUGGGACGUGGCUUGUCAAUCGAUAUCCUGGUGUGGCAUGUGAUGUUCCAGCGCACAUUUACACUUUUCCGUUUGAGCCAAAUCCAGAUUGGUCCAGCUUCUAUGCUUCGGGGCCAGAAAUCUGGGCUUAUAUCAAGAGAACUACAGAUAAGUACGGUUUGGCCGAGAAUGUCAGAUUUCAAUCCAAAGUGACAGAUGCCACCUGGAAUGAGGAGGCAGGUAAAUGGAAUCUGAAGAUCUUCCAAGAUGGCGAGGAAAAGGAAGACGAAUGUGAUAUACUGAUCGACGGGUCGGGGUUUCUCAAGAACCCUUCCAUCAAUGUGGCGGGCAAAAAGCUUGCGGUCAUCGGUAAUGGGUCAUCUGGUGUCCAAGUCCUUCCGCAUCUGCAAAAGAGCGCUGCCCAACUGACAACCUAUGUGCGCACUCCAACCUGGAUAUUCGCGAACUACGCCUCAGAGCUUACAAAAGACGGAACGAACUUCGCCUUUUCCGAAGAGGAGAAAAGGAAGUUUCGAGAAAACCCCGCCUCGCUGUGGAAGUUCCGCAAAGAGAUUGAGAACAGCCAGGACAACUUCUGGAACGUCUUCUUCAAAGACACAGCCGCUCAAAAAGCCGCGCUUGAGAAUGCAUACAACCGUAUGCGAGAACGUCUCGGCAAUGAUAAAGAGCUGUGUGAGAAGUUAAUCCCAGAUUACGAAUACGGGUGUCGACGCCCAACUCCAGGGGAUGGCUACCUUGAAGCUCUCCGUCAAGAAAAUACACGUGUCACCUUUGAUCCAAUCGUUCAGAUCACCGAGUCAGGGAUCCAAACUACCCAAGACUAUACUGACUUUGAUAUUAUUGUCUGCGCAACCGGGUUUGAUGCUAGUUUCCGCCGCUCAUGGACUGUACAGGGGCGGAAUGGUUAUCAGCUCCAUGAAGCGUGGGGGGAGUCGCCCGAAGCGUACUUUGGGGUUGCAGCGGCGAACAUGCCGAAUUACUUCAUCUUCAUUGGACCGAAUAGUCCAGUGGGUCAUGGCUCGCUUCUAGACAGCGUGUUUUGUGUCGCGAAAUGGAUAUUGAAGUGGUGUAGGAAGAUUGCAACCGAAGAUAUCAAGUCAGUUUGUGUGAAACAGCAGGCGCUGGAUGAUUACAACGUUUACCUGCAAGAACUCCUCAAGCGGAUGGUGUGGACUGGGUCAUGCAGAAGCUGGUACAAGAAUCGCAAGAAAGACGGAAAUGUCACUGCAGUGUACGGUGGAAGCCGCCAUCAUUUCAGAGAAAUACUCGAAACCUUUAGAACAGAGGACUUUGAUAUUGAGUAUAGAUCAGUCAACAGAUUCCGGUUCAUGGGUAGCGGGAGGACUUUGCGGGAGACAAGAGGAGAGUACUACGUGCUGAAUUAG